CCGGCUUGAGGCCACGCCCCUUCCGGCUUUAGAAACACAACCGCGACGCACGACGUAAACAAACCGAGCGCUCGUCUUGAAUAUUAACGGUUAUAAACGGGACUCGGGUGCUCUGUUGGCCCGGACUGUCUGGUUCGAUUUGAGGCAGAGGAGGAGAGACGGUGAAUCAUGGUGAAGUGCGUCGUCUCCGGGUGUCCGAACCGAGAGGAGAGCGGUGACCUGGGGCUCUUUAACCGACCACCGAGGAGGUUCUUCAGCUUUCCCAAAGACCCAGGACGGGUCAAGUCAGACUCAGACAACAGGAACAGCUGCAGGUCAGGAGAAGAUCCAGUGUGGUUGGCAGCCCUGAGGGAGACCGACGGACAGAGACAGGACUCGACAGACCGGCGUCUAAUCUGUGAAGACCACUUCCUGCCAGAGGACAUCUCUUCCGCUGGGGUCGACCCCGACGCAAUUCCCAUCAUGCCCCCCUGCCUGGACGGGGACCUGGGCACGAUCAGCCCCUGGGGAGCCGAGUCAUCUGAGGAGGAGGAUCAGUGGGCUGCAGGUGGAGAUGAUGUUCCUGCUGCUGUGGAGCCUCCUGGACCAAAACCUCCUGCAGUGAAUCCACCACAGCAGGAUCCAGGUGUUAAGAAGACCUCAGAGGCCAAAUCAACAAGUUUGAUCCUGAAUCAGACCAAAGAGAUGAUCCGGACCAAGAAGGCCGUCAGACAGGACAUGUCUCUGGGGUGUCUGACGCAGCGUUUCCUGGAGAUGCUGCUGACGGCGCCGGAUGGUUCCCUGGACCUCAGGCAGGCGAUGGCGAAGCUGCAGACCCGCAGGCAGCGAGUCUCUGACAUCACCAACAUCCUGCACGGCAUCAGCUUCAUCGAGAAGCUUUCGGCCAACAGGGUGAAGUGGAUAGGGAAGAGUCCGAUCAGCUGGUUCCUGUGCACGAACAGAGAGAAGUUACAGAGAGAGCUGGAGAACCUGAAGCUGGUGGAGGACACGCUGGACUCCAUCAUCAGAACCUGCAGACAGCAGCUUUUCAACACGACCAACGACACGGAAAACUCUGCGAUGGCCUACGUGACCCACGAGGACAUCAGCCGGGUCAGAGCCUUCCAGGACCAGACGCUGUUUGUUGUCAAAGCUCCGGAGGAAACUAAACUGGAGGUUUCUGCACCCGGAAAGAUGCAGGACAGAAUCCAGGUCCGUCUGAGGUCGCGGUCCGGUCCCAUCAUGGUGCAGACCUGUGAUAUCAGAACAGGAGACGGUGUGACCAGAGAGACGAGCGGCUGCUUCGUGACGCUGGCGAAAAGCCGGAUAAAGAUGGCCAUGCAACACACAGCUGGAAUCAGAAGACCUGUGACCCAGGAGGACCGGGACUGGGCUCUGCAGUCUCUGUCUCAGCUCGGACGUUUCACUGGGAUGGGAUGGAUUUUGAGCCCAGAAGCACCUCAGACUCUUCCCGUCAGGACGUUUGAUGUGUCUCAUCCAAUCUGAAGACAGGACUCUUCAUGUGAUCAGCUGGUCUGGUUAGUAAACGACGUGACUGGAGCUCUUCCCUGAGCCGAGGGCGAAGCAGCAGCACAGAGGAGACUGGACAGUUCCUGCUCGGUGGAUCUCUGACGAGUGAGAACUGAGAUGCUCCCGCAGGUCUCUGAGUCGGAGCUUCUUUCUGGACUUAGAUGAAGUGUCUGGUUCCCUGACACUAAAACAAACUCGUUAACUGCCUCAUCAGAUCAGGACCAGAGCCAACAGCUGUCACCUGAAUGUGUGGACUCCAAAGACCUGACAUGGCUUCUUAACACUGACACUGGAAACAUUUUAUAAAUGUUCUGUCAGAGAUUUUCACGAUCUGUUCUGAUGUUCUUUGAUUUCAUUAUGACAUUUUUUGUACUUCAGUCACAUGUUUCUGGAUAUAAAGACUAACACUUUUUAA